AUGGGUCUCUUCAGACGCUGUGGCUAUCCCAUCUACACCAAUAACUUCCACGCGCAGACUGGAGAGGAGAGGAGGGAGAACCAAAAGAUUGAGGGCGCAAUCACCUGGAAGGCUAGCUGUGGAUAUUAUCCGUCCCUGGGUGCCAUGCCUCACAAGACCUGGCAGGCGGGAGUAAUUAUUCUGGUGUUGGCCUGCGCCGUCCUCCUCUUUCUCACCUUUUUCAUCCUCUGUGCCGGCAUCUCAAUGGAAGUCCUCUACAGUCUGCAGAUACGCAGAGCCUGUGCCUAUGCCCACUUCACUGGAGGUUCGUUGAGUUCGUAUGUUGUUUUACAUCGUUGA